AUGGCCAUCAAAGUUCCUCCGGGCCAGUCGCCGCCUUUCGAGACGAUAGACAACAAGCACCAUGCCGGUAUUAUCAUUAUAACCGCAGCCAUAUGUCUGAUGAUCUCGCUGGUCUGUCUGCUGAUCCGGGUGUACGUGCGGAUAUUCCUCAAUCCACCAUGGGGAUCAGACGAUAUCAUCCUGUUGGGAGCGACAAUCUCCGCCAUCGCCGAGUCUAUUAUCAUCUUUCACGCCACGAGUAUCGGCUUCGGGACGGACAUAUCGCUACUGACCGAGAAGGCCGUUGAUCGCAUACAAAAUUCCCUCCUCUCCGCCGACAUCCUCUACCUUUUAACCCUAUACCUCUCGAAAUGCUGCAUCAUUGCCAUCUACCUGCGCUUGACGCCCAGCAAGCGCCACAAGAGCAUCCUCUGGGCGACAUUCGGGCUCAGCAUAGUUGGGAUUAUCGUGUCGGUGCUGGUUAUCGUGGUGAACUGCGAGGGGAACAAACCGUGGGCUGUACCUGGCGAGCAGUGUCAUAACCUGCUCCCCCGCUGGCAAGCAAUUGCUGCGCUCGACAUCUCGACCGAAAUCUUACUAUUCACCUUCUGCAUCGCCCUGGUUUGGGGUCUGCAGAUGCACGUCUCACAUAAAACCGUGAUCAUGGUAUGCUUCGCAGCGAGACUACCGUACGUCCCUCUUCCAUUCCCCAAAUGUUUCCCUCACGCACCAUUACAUGAAAUUAACACAGAUCCAACCGAUAGGCUGAUAAUAUUCUCCGUCCUCCACCUAUCCGCACUUAAAGAAUACACAACCACCAAAAACCCCACCUUCACCGCAAUCAGCCCCACGGUCUUCACCCAGCUCCACCUCAACUACGCCCUGAUAGCAUGCACAGUCUUCUGCCUGCGCCCGUUCAUGAACGCUCUCACAACCUACUACGGCACUGCCGGCGACUCCAACCUCGGUAGCAGCAGCGGCGGCUACGGCUACGGGUUUGGGUCCGGGAGACGGGGGAAUACAGACCCGUACGCAUCGGGGCGGUCGCGGGAUUACGAGAUGGGGAGGUUGAAGGGACGGCCCGGGCGCCGGGCGAGUGGCUUGUUCAGGGAGAGGCCGGACGUGGGCGAUGGAACGGAGAAUGGGACAGUUGUUUGUGAGGCUGUGGGGCCGGCGCAUUCGGGGGAGGGGAGGUCCGAAGGGGAGGGGGGCAGUGUACACAGUGGGAGUGAUGGGAGUACGAGGAUGAUUAUUCGGAAGGAGGUGGAGUAUUCUGUUUCUGUAGGGCAUUCAUAG